UUAUUUUGAUUCUUACAUUUUCGUGUAUACGAGAAAUUAAAGCAAGAAGGAUUAUGGGCGAUUCAGGUAUGCAUCGUACAUCAGGUUGGGAAGAUUUUGGAUUCUAUUGAAGUGGGAAGGUAGAGAUGGCACCUUGUCUUUUAUUGCUCUACUUUAAUUUAAUACCUUACUUUGCACCUAACUAAAGUUUACCACCUUACUUAUUCACUUUUACUUAAUUUUUCUUGUAUGAUAUUUGUAUAUAUUAAUGAUGAUGUUAUAAUCAUCAAUAGAUGCCACCAGCCACACUCUCUCUCAUACCCGCCUCACCAACUCACAUCUAGAAGAAACUCUCCUUCUCUUUCUCUCUCUAUAUGUAUAUGUAUGUAUAUAUUAGAGUCAAAUUAAAGGUUAUAUAACCCCACAUCAAGUCCUUUGAGGACCGGCCCUGAUGCUCAAGAAUCGCCAAGGCUAGAAUUUCAGAAAGAAAAGAAUCAAGUAAAAGGGCAAAAGAAAUAUUGGCAAAAAAAAUUUGUUUUUAGCUACUGAACGGUUUUACUUAUUUUGGUUUUGGCUCAAUGGGAAGGUCUCCUUGCUGUGAAAAAGCUCAUACAAAUAAAGGAGCAUGGACUAAAGAAGAAGACGAUCGUCUCAUCGCAUACAUAAGGGCUCACGGUGAAGGCUGCUGGCGGUCGCUUCCUAAGGCAGCCGGUCUCCUCCGCUGCGGCAAAAGCUGCCGUCUUCGGUGGAUCAAUUACUUAAGGCCUGACCUCAAACGUGGCAACUUCACAGAAGAGGAAGAUGAACUUAUUAUUAAACUCCACGGCCUUCUUGGUAACAAAUGGUCUCUUAUAGCUGGAAGAUUACCAGGAAGAACUGAUAAUGAGAUAAAGAAUUAUUGGAAUACUCAUAUAAGAAGGAAGCUUUUGAGCCGAGGUAUUGAUCCUACAACUCAUAGGCCAAUCAAUGAGCCUGCAUCAGCUGGAGAAGUCACAACCAUUUCAUUUGCUGGUUGUACGACAAAAGAAGAGUCGGAUAAGUUUAUCACUGCAGGGAUUAAUUUGAACAUCAAAGAAGAAAGCAGUCCAGUUUUCGAAAGGUGCCCCGAUUUGAAUCUUGAACUCAGAAUAAGCCCUCCUUAUCAACAACAAGCACAAGAGCCAUUGAAAACUGGAGGAAGUACUGCCUCUCUGUGCUUCGCGUGCAGUUUGGGUGUACAAAACAGCAAAGAUUGCAGUUGUAAUAUUGGUGGUGGCAGUAGCAGUAAUUCUGGAUAUGAUUUUGUGGGGUUAAAAACUGGGAUUUUGGACUACAGAAGCCUGGAAAUGAAAUAAAAUCUGAUCUGGGUUAAGUUUUUAUUAUAUGUAUUAAAAUAGAAGAAAUUAAUAUUUGAAGAGAAAUGUAAAAGACAUUGGUAUUUAGUUAAUGAUCUUUCUGAAUUUCUCUUCGCUUGUACAAGUAAUUAACAUCAUAUUUAUUUUUAAUGCAUAGCACUUACUAAACA